CAUCCCCCAACCUCCUUUCCAUCUCAUAUCCUCAUGCUCUUUUUAUCAUGAUAAAUUCAAUCACUUUGGCAUUAUGUGCCGCCUCCGCCGGCGUAGGAGCCUGGCAUAUCCCUUUCGUAUCUUCGCCAUCCGCGCAAACACCCCUGCGGCUGGAAUCCGACCAGCUGCCUUUGAUUGACUCAUCCGCAUUGCAAGGCCUCAUCAGCGGUGACAGACUCUUCCGCAGAGCGAAAGAGCUAUAUGAGAUUGCGAAGCUCGGUGAGGGUGAAUACAAUCAUCCCACAAGAGUUAUAGGGAGUGCUGGACACCUCGGGACCCUAUCCUACAUUUAUAAGACCAUCUUGGAGCUAGGUGACUACUAUGAUAUCUCGAAUCAGUCCUUCCCAGCGGUAUCUGGCAAUGUGUUUGAGUCUCGUCUUGUCAUCGGAGAUCAGGUCCCCAAAUCCGCAGCGCCCAUGGGUUUAACCCCGGCGACGAAGAACAAGCAACCCGUUCACGGCCAUCUCGUCAACGUGGAGAACGAGGGUUGCGAAAGGUCUGACUUUCCGGACGAUGUUGCUGGAGGUAUUGCAUUCAUCAGACGCGGAACGUGCCCCUUUGGCACCAAGUCUGAAAAUGCCGGCAGGGCUGGUGCUAUCGCAGCAGUGGUGUACAACUACGAAAAAGAUGCCGUGCAGGGAACGUUGGGCACCCCUUCGCCCUUUCACGUCGCUACCUUUGGCCUCUCCGGAAAAGAAGCUGCCCCUAUUCUCGAGAAGCUCUCCCGUGGUGAGCAUGUGGAUGCCAUCGCCUACAUCGAUGCCAUCGUCGAGCAAAUCCUCACUGUCAACAUCGUCGCCCAGACCACGCUCGGGGACCCCGACAACUGCGUUAUGCUCGGAGCGCACAGCGAUUCGGUGGCGGAGGGGCCCGGCAUCAACGACGACGGCUCCGGCACCAUCAGCCUUCUUGAAGUCGCAAGCCAGCUGACCAAAUUCAACGUCUCGAACUGCGUGCGGUUUGCCUGGUGGGCAGGCGAAGAGGAGGGCUUGCUUGGGUCAGAUUACUACGUUGCCUCUCUACCCGAGGAGGAGAACCGGAAGAUCCGCCUCUUCAUGGACUACGACAUGAUGGCGAGUCCAAACUUUGCGUAUCAGAUCUACAAUGCGACGAAUGCGGUUAAUCCCGUAGGAUCCGAGGAGCUGAGGGAUCUGUACGUGAAUUGGUACGAGGAACAGGGAUUGAACUACACCUUCAUCCCCUUCGAUGGCCGCAGCGACUAUGAUGGUUUCAUUCGCAACGGUAUUCCGGGUGGUGGCGUUGCUACAGGAGCGGAGGGCAUUAAGACGAAGGAAGAAGAGUUGAUGUUUGGUGGAAAGGCCGGUGAUUGGUUCGAUCCUUGCUACCAUCAGCUCUGUGACAAUGUGGGCAAUGUAAACAUGACAGCGUGGGUUGUGAAUACGAAGCUCAUCGCACAUUCCGUUGCUACAUAUGCCCGUUCGCUCAAAGGCUUCCCUGAACGAACUACGCUGGCCGCUUCGAGUACCUAUGAGACGGGUGCAAAGUAUCAUGGGCCGAAGCUUUACAUAUAGAAAUUGGACCUGAUCGGAAUGGAUAUCAUGCGUCAGUUUCUGAGGGAUACGGCCAUUUCCACAUCUCCAGAAUACUGACGUCUGAAAAUUCCAAAGCAUCGCAAUGUUCAUCUUCCACCUUCCGUUGUCAGACAUUUCUCCGCGAGACCCCAUGUAAACUACAUACGCUUAGACGCACCAGUUCAAAGAUCCCUCGGCAUUUCCCUGAUUAAGAGCCCUGGAAAGCGC